AUGGGGAUCAGAAAAGAACUGUCAAAAGUCCUGCGUAACAAGGUAAUGGACCGUUAUAAAGAUGGAAAAGGACAUAAAGAGAUAUCCAAAGCCUUGAAUAUGCCAAUCAGUACUGUUAAAUCAUCUAUUAAGAAGUGGAAAGUUCUGGGAUCUCUUGAUACUAAGCCAAGUACAGGUAGACCAAGAAAGAUUGCAGCCGCAACUGACUGAAGAAUUGUUUGUGAUACAAAGGGAAACCCAUAAGUAACCACAAGAAAAAUACAGACUGCUCUGGGAAAAAAAA